AUGGCGACAACCUUGACUGACCAGAAGCGCCCUCAAUUACAGCCUGUCUGCCAGAAUUGUGGUACCUCAACCACGCCGCUCUGGCGAAGAGACGAACUCGGCUCGGUCCUUUGCAACGCCUGUGGCUUGUUUCUCAAGUUGCAUGGCCGACCUCGUCCGAUAAGCCUCAAGACUGAUGUGAUCAAGAGUCGCAAUAGAGUCAAGACCGCCGGCCAAGGCCCUAAGCGUAAGUCCAGCAGUGCUGUAGAUGCAAACGGUCUUUCGACCUCGAGGUCGGAAGACGGCACACCUCCUCUGGGAUCGCAGGGUUAUCGUCGCGCAUCGCGAAAGACGUCACCGGGCCAUUCGGAUCGGUCCAAUUCACCAGUGUCCCGAACUGACACCCCCGGAGUUUCUGCCUUGCAACAACAACAGCAACAUCAACACAGUUCGAACAUUGCGCCCCAGCACAUGUUCGACAGCGUCACCCUCGCCGACCAUACUCUAAAUCCGUCCAAUGCCCUCCCUUCCCUUCAGCUGCAUCAACCGUCUCCCACCUCGACCUCUUCGGCAGCGAUAGACCGUCACGCCGAUGCACCGCAGACAUACGAGGGACUCCUUGCAGCAAAUGCAUCAUUGAAAACGCGCGUGAGCGAAUUGGAACUCAUCAAUGGGCUUUUUCGGGGCCGUGUUGCGGAGCUCGAACAGAGCGACGCGACCGCGCGCCGGUCCGAGAUGAUCGUCCGAGAUUCGGAAGCGCGUCUUCGUCGGUCUCUCGAAGAUGCGCAGCGUCGAGAAGAAGAGCUCAAACGGCGCCUGAGUGAUCUUGAGCGGCAGUUAGCCGACCAGGCCAACUUGAACAGUUUGGCGAACAACGACAGUCCCGGCGAACCCCUGUCCAAAAAGAUAAGGUUGUCCGACGUGGUAGAACAGUCCUCCGCUUCGCCAACGAAGUCGCCGAAGAGCAUCUAA